AGCUUUUUAAACUAAGUACCAGAUUUUACAUAAUAGCCUAUUCUGUUGACAGAACAGACUGGCAGCGGAUGGGGUUCUGAUAGGGGGUUCUGUUGAUUUAGCCUCAGAAAAGCAAAGGCAGUAGGCCUUCUGUUAACUCGUAAGACAAGUUCUGCUGAACACAGAUACCAAGUCUAAGGAGUUAGACAGUUCUAUCUAAGUGAAAAUAUUUAAAGCAGUUACUGAGGCAGAUGAGAUUAAAAAUGCAACUUGGAGUGUAAAUCAAAAUGGGGCCCCUGGGCCAGAUGGUUUCAAUGGAAAUUUUUUCAAAAAAUGCUGGCAAAUUGUGGGUAAGGAUAUGGUUAAAGCAGUGCAGGACUUUUUCAUGGGAAUGUCUAUUCCACCUGGAGUAUCUAGUUGUCUAGUGGUGCUCAUUCCCAAAUCUGUCAACCCAUCUACUUUUGGUGAUUUUAGGCCCAUUUGCCUCUCUAAUUUCAUCAAUAAAGUUUGCACAAAAGUUUUAACUGACAGAUUGACAGUUAUUCUUCCUAAACUCAUUUCUCCUGAACAAAUUGGUUUCAUGAAGAAUAGGGACAUUUCAGAACACAUCCUCAUUGCCCAGGAGAUGAUUCAUUCUAUUGACAGAAAAAUUAGAGGAUCUAAUGUUGUUGUGAAGCUGGACAUG